AUGGUCUCCCCGCAGAUGCCCCAGCUCCUCUCCCCGACGGUGAUCCUGGCGCUCUUUUUCCUUCCCCAGACACGGCCGGCCGGCGUCUUCGAGCUGCAGAUCCACUCUUUCGGGCCGGGACCAGGCCCGGGCGCCCCGCGGUCCCCCUGCAAGGCCGGGGACAGCUGCCGCCUCUUCUUCAGGGUCUGCCUGAAGCCAGGGAUCUCCGAGGAGGCCGCCGAGUCUCCGUGCACCCUGGGCGCGGCGCUGAGUGCGCGCGGACCGGUCUACACUGCGCAGCCCGGAGCGCCAGCGCCUGACUUGCCGCUGCCAGACGGCCUCAUGCGCGUGCCCUUCCGGGACGCCUGGCCGGGCACCUUCUCUCUCAUCAUUGAAACCUGGAGAGAGGAGUUAGGAGAACAGAUUGGAGGGCCCGCUUGGAUCCUGCUGGCGCGCGUGGCGGGCCGGCGUCGCCUGGCGGCCGGGGGCCCGUGGGCCCGGGACAUGCAGCGCGCAGGCGCCUGGGAGCUGCGCUUCUCCUACCGCGCGCGCUGCGAGCCGCCGGCCGUUGGGGCCGCGUGCGCGCGCCUCUGCCGCUCGCGCGGCGCCCCCUCGCGGUGUGGCCCGGAACUGCGCCCCUGCCCGCAGAUUGAGGACAAAUGCGAGGCACCGCCGGCAUGUCGAGCAGGCUGCAGCCCAGAGCACGGCUUCUGUGAGCAGCCCGGUGAAUGUCGAUGCCUGGAGGGCUGGACUGGGCCCCUCUGCACAAUCCCUGUCUCCACCAGCAGCUGCCUCAGCCCCAGGGGCCCAUCCUCUGCCACCACUGGAUGCCUCGUACCCGGGCCUGGGCCCUGUGAUGGGAAUCCGUGUGCCAACGGAGGCAGCUGUAGUGAGACCCCGGGGUCCUUCGAAUGCACCUGUCCCCGUGGGUUCUACGGGUUGCGGUGUGAGGUGAGCGGGGUGACAUGUGCGGAUGGACCUUGCUUCAACGGCGGCUUGUGUGUGGGAGGUGCGGACCCCGACUCUGCCUACAUCUGCCGUUGCCCGCCGGGUUUCCAAGGCUCCAAUUGUGAGAAGAGGGUGGACCGGUGCAGCCUGCAGCCAUGCCGGAAUGGCGGGCUCUGCCUGGAUCUGGGCCACGCCCUGCGCUGCCGCUGCCGCGCGGGCUUCGCGGGGCCUCGCUGCGAGCACGACCUGGAUGACUGCGCCAGCCGCGCUUGCGCCAACGGCGGCACCUGCCUGGAGGGCGGCGGCGCGCGCCGCUGCUCCUGCGCGCUGGGCUUCGGCGGCCGCGACUGCCGCGAGCGCGCCGACCCCUGCGCCGCGCGCCCAUGCGCCCACGGCGGGCGCUGCUACGCGCACUUCUCCGGCCUCGUCUGCGCCUGCGCGCCCGGCUACAUGGGCGCGCGCUGCGAGUUUCCGGUUCACCCCGACGGCGCAGGCUCGUUGCCCGUGGCCCCGCCGGGUCUGAGGUCGGGGGACCCGCAGCGUUUCCUUUUGCCACCAGCUUUGGGACUGCUGGUGGCCGCAGGCUUGGCCGGCUCUGCGCUCUUGCUGGUCCACGUGCGACGCCGUGGCCCUGGUCGGGAUACUGGGUCUCGCUUGCUGGCGGGGACCCCGGAGCCAUCGGUCCACGCGCUCCCUGAUGCACUCAACAACAUGAGGACGCAGGAAGGUGCCGGGGAUGGCCCGAGCCCGUCCUCAGGUUGGAAUCGCCCUGAAGAUGGAGACGCUCGUUCGGUUUACGUCAUAUCUGCUCCUUGUAUCUAUGCUCGGGAGGCCUGAGCUGCCCCUUCUCCAUCAGCACCUGGGGACAGAACCUGGAUAUUUUUGUAUUCUCUGCUUCAGACACUUUGGAGUUCAAGCUGGAAGGGGUGAUGGGGAGGAUUUUACCAUUGGAAGUUGUACAUAAUGGUUAUUUAUAUCCUAUCUCUUUUUCUCUCGCCAUCUCUCCAGAGACAUCUAUAAAGGCUCUUAGUUUGAUCAGCUUUGACUCAUCAAGUUGAGUGCUUUGUAUGUGGUUUUGGGGCUGAGGGGAGAGAUUUUGUCUCCUGAGAAGAAUAAUAGACAGGACUCUACUGCAGGGGUCAGAAACAACUCAAAGUAGUUUAAAUAAACAAGGGAAUGUAUUAGUUUAUAAAAGUGAAAAUCCUGUGGCAGGUGUAGCUUCAGCAGGGCUGGAUUCAGGGGCUCAGUGUUUUCCUCCAGUUGUCUCUAGGAUGACUUCAUAUGUAGACAGGCUUUCGUUGGCCCUGGCUUGUCACAUGGCCUUGCUCAAACUAGGGGCCAGGCAGUAUGGCUUAUUUUGAUUGGCCAGGCUUGGCCAUGUGUGUAGUGCGUGGCAGGGAUUAAGGUCAGCCUGUCCAAACCACAUGGAAUAUGUGGGCAAAGGAGUGUCGCUUUCUGUAUCAAAAAUCAGCAUUUGUUACUAGAUAUAAGUACUGUACCUGGCAGGCAAACGGACAGAACCAGUCAGUGAGAGCAGAAAGAAACUAUUUUACAGAGGAUUGGGAGGCUCAGAGAGUGGAGUAUCUGCUGCAGCUCCUUCCUGAUGAGAUGGAACAAAUCUAGGUAAGAUCUAGCAGAGAGGGGGAACCUUCCUAAAUUUGGGGACUAUCCUAAGACGGUUCAUCACACAUUUAAUACUACUUCUACCACUGAAAAUAUAAAAAGCCUGCAUCAGCCAAUUUCUGCCAAUCCUCCUUCCCCAUAUUUUCUAGUGGGGAGUAGGCUGGGACAGUGCCCAAGCACUUUUGGAAAUGAGCAAAAUCAUAGGAACUGGAGAUGAGAGAACAGAGAAAAGUAACAAAUGGAAUAGAGCAACAAAUGAACAAAUGAAGGAGUCCUUUUAUUAGAACAUCAGCCGAGGGAUCCACAUGUUCUUUUAAUUCAGUCAAUGAUACCAUAUAUUGAAUAAAUACUUAUACAUACAAAUUCUUUCAAGUUUCACUAUAUUGAAUUUCUGUGUCAUGAGAAUUAACUGUACCAUUAAGGAAUAUGGACAUUGAAACAAAAGCCUACUAUCAAAUGAUAUUUAAAUUGAGAUUAAAGGCAGACAUCAACACCAGCCCCUUGUUCCUUCAAAGACGACGCGAUAUUCAGAGGCCGAGUCUUUGCUGCCUUGAACAAAUUAUACCACCUGCCGAGAGAGCAGAACUCAAUUUAAAAGCAAAGAUGGGAAGCUGUGUUACACUCACCAUGUAUUUUUUAAAAAAAUUAUUUAUUUUAUGUAUUUAUUUUUAGCUGCGUUGGGUCCUCGUUGCUGCGUGUGGGCUUUCUCUAGUUGCGGUGAGCGGGCGCUACUCUUCAUUGCGGUGGCUUCUCUCGUUGCGGAGCACGGGCUCUAGGUGCGCGGGCUUCAGUAGUUGCGGCAUGUGGGCUCAGUAGUUGUGGCUCGCGGGCUCUAGAGCGCAGGCUCAGUAGCAGUGGCGCACGGGCUUAGUCGCUCUGCGGCACGUGGGAUCUUCCCGGACCAGGGAUCGAACUAGUGUUCCCUGCAUUGGCAGGUGGAUUCUUAACCACUGCGCCACCAGGGAAGUCCCUUCAUCAUGUAUUUUUGAUCAGUGACUGCAUGCAAGCUGAAGGCAGGCAGCUGAAUCCCACGGAUUCCCCCUUUGAUGCACUUCUGGUGUCAAGGAUGCCUCACCUAUCUCAGAGUCUUGGCACCAUCACUGUACGUGUCAGUGAGUCAUCACAGGAACAGUACUGGCUGGAUUAUCAAAGAGUGAUGACCAGAGUCCUCUGAUUCACCACCAUAAGGGAAGAGUCCCACACCCAAGUCUGGAGGCCCUUUAAAGUACAGGCUCUGUUCUAUCGCUUUGCCUCACAGGCUGCUGCAGGCUCAGCCUAAGGUCGUAGCCUCUGGGGCAAGGAAGCCUAUCUCAGAUGAUCAGAGCUUGCAGGGAAGAGAAAGUUAUUCUGGUCCAAAUCCUUCACUUUAAAGGCGAAAGGAAGCAGGGCCCCAGAGGAGUAAGGUGGAAGGCAUUGCACACCAAGGAGAAACUUGUCAUUUUUUUUCUCUUUUGGCAGAGCUUUAAAUCUUUAAAUCAGGCAUACACUUAUUGCAUUUAGCACAAUGGCAGUAGCAAAUAAAGUAAUCUAAAUGAUCACUCCAAAAAAGUACAAAGACGAAAAACCAAAAAGCCUACAAAUGCACAGAAAUCAGACUGCUUUGGUUCAGAUCUUGGUUCUGCCAUGUAUUCAGACAAGUCACUUUACCUCUCUGUGCCUUAAUUUCCUUAUCUGUAAAUUGAAACUAGUAAUAGAAUCUGCUUCAGAAGUUUGUGAGUAUUAAAUGAGUUAGUAAGUACAAAGCAUUUUAUAACAGAGGCUGGCAUGCAAUAGAUGCUCAGUAAAUAUUACUUCUCAAUAUUAUGCUAUAAGAGGAAAGCCCAUUUCAAGUUCAUUUCACAGAGGGGCAAACUGAAGCCCAGAGAGGGGUAGACGCUUGCCUAGCAUCGCACAGAAAAUUCAGUGUCUUUCUUGAUCUUCCUGUUUUUUGGGACCCAGGCCCAAGGUUUAGCACAGGAGGGGCUCUCAAGGGUUGGGAAGCACAGUGGACUUCUGUUUGAAACCCUUCCAUGAAUCUGAAUAAGGUCUGUACCUGACCUAAUAGUAUUGGACUGGACUUCCCUGGUGGUCCAGCAGUUAGAAUCCACUUGCCAGUGCAGGGGACGUGGGUUUGAUCCCUGGUCCGAGAAGAUCCCACAUGCCUCAGGGCAACUAAGCCUGUGCGCCACAACUACUGAGCCCGUGUGCUGUAACUGCUGAAGCCUGCACCUAGAGCCUGUGCUCCGCAACAAGAGGAGCCACUGCAAUGAGAAGCCCGCGCACCAAAACGAAGAGUAGCCCCCGCUUGCCACAGCUAAAGAAAGCCUGUGCAGCAACAAAGACCCAAUGCAGCCAAAAAAAAAAAAAAAAAAAAAAAUAGGACCAAUUGGUUUUGACAAUGUACUGUGGUUACAUAAGAUGUUGUUAUUGGGAAAAACUGGGUGAAAGUUACACAGGAAUUCUCUGUACUAUUUUCCCAACUUCUCAUGAGUGUUAAAACUAUUUCAAAAUAAAAAGACAUUUAUUGAGUGCCUACUGUGUGCCAGGCCUUUUUCUAGGAGCUGAGGAUUCAGCAGUGAAUGAGACAAGUUCCCACCCUGGAGGAACUCAGUGUGAUAGAGCCCUUGACACAAGGUUCUGUGUCAGGACCCUAGAGUCUGAUGGCUGCCGUUUGAAUCCUGGCUCUGCCACUUACCAGCUGUGGGCAUGUGUGUAGCACUUAGCACUACGUGAAUGUAAAAUCUGUUAUUGUUAUUAUUUAUCUCCAGGUCUCUCACUUGUCACCUCUUCUAGGAAGCCCUCUCUGAUUGCCCCCAGACUGGUUCUAACACCUGUUUUGGGAUCCCAGAAGUCCCCGUGUUUCCUCACCAUAUCUCUAACCCCUCUGCCUGUGCCUCCUCCACCCUCGCCCUGACCUCACUGGGCUGUCACUGGUAAGGGGUAUAGCUCCUCUACUGGACAGGGAGCCUGAUAACUGGACUUCGGCUUUCCUGACUGCUCUGACCCCAGAAUCACCCAGUACAGGACUGUGCACAUAGCAGGCACUCCAUGAACAUAUAGUGAAUGCCUGAAUGUUAAGGACACUGGCAAUCUGGAGGUAGGGAUUUGGGAGAUGGGAAUUAUCAGGGGAGAUCCAGAGGCCUCCGCCCCAUCGGCGGCUCAAGGCAAUAGAACCUGAGCGCUGAAUGGAACCCCGUGUACUAGCGCCCCAUUGUUUGCCUGCCGUUUUAGAACCCGGUGCGGAUGAGUCUCUCCCAACCCAAGGCAGGAGGGUUGGGCAGGAUCCCAACCCGGGCUACCUGGGGUGCGCCCCUAUCCCCCAAGAACAACCAGGCGC